CUUUUACCCCCAUCAUCAUCCUAGCGCCUCCGGUAAUAUAUAAAUGCACCAGCGAUUGACAGAACGUACAGUUUACGGUUUAACGUCUCGUACUUGUCGUUCCUUUUAAGCGCGCGCACCUAGCUUACGGCAGUGAACACGUGACGAAGCGAAGCGGCUGCCACGUGCUUCGACCCCAAAAGACACGUGUGUAGCGUGCUAGUGCCCACCUCUGUACCGUCGAGCCUCUUCCGUCCAUUUCCGUGUACGACAACGAUGCGAUCUCUCCGAUCCUUGUCGAUCCUUAGUUUUAUACUCGUUCUCUUCUCACCACCGAUCACUGCCCUCGACAAACCAGAGACCGUGCUCCUGAACUUGCUAACCAAACCCUUUGCACCCUCCGAGGGUGCAUCCGAGCAAUGCCUGAAAGACAGCGCGAAUUAUUUGACGGAAAUUACUCGGUAUGCGGCCUGGGCGCUUCAGAUGUACGAUGCGUCCGUGAAAAUUCCGUCGGGUAUAAUCACGGGCAAUUACAAGCUACUAGGCAAUUACGAUGAGUGUCUGCGAGCGAGAAGCGAACACGGAUUUACCGGGAAGGCCUGCACCGCCACGGUACAAUUUGACAUCGAAAAGGACAACGGUACACCUCGGGAAUACGAUCUGGGCGAUCUGCUACUCGAUGUAGCCGUUGCGUCGGGUACGAAAUGGUCGUUUGGCAAAACGGUGGCAUACGAAUGGAUGUGGUGCGUUCCUUCGAGUUGCAACCAUACGGAAAUCCAGAAGGCAUUGGAGAUCGCCCUCGACCCUCUUAAGAUAAAAGGUCGGGUGGAUAUGACGGUAAACGUUGACGAAAACUCCUGUCACACCGCAGAAACGGAUCGACCAGUCCUCGAUGUAACCGAUUGGAUUUACAUAUCGAUCCUUGUGACAUUCGCGGUGACGAUUAUCGCCAGCACGAGUUACGAUAUCGUCAACCAAGGCCGUCCGAGUGCGUUGAACCGAAAAGAUACGAGAGACGUUCUUCUGACUUCGUUCUCGAUCUACACAAACGGAAGAAAUCUGUUGAAAACGGACAGACAUAGAGAUUCUAUCAGAUGUCUGGACGGUUUACGUUAUUUGAGCAUUUGUUGGAUAAUAUGCGGUCAUACGCUUUAUUGCGAAGUCGUCAGCGUUAAAAUGAAUCUGAACGAGGUCCCAUCGAUGCACUUGAAUUGGGCCAACAUGUUGCUGCUCAAUGGGAAUAUAGUCACCGAUACGUUCCUCCUUCUGAGCGGAGUGCUGAUGGCUUACACGGCGAUAGCUAAACAUCGGAAGAAUCCGAACGGACGUUUAAACGUGAUCGGUCUCUAUCUGCAUCGAUACAUAAGGCUGACUCCAGCGUACGCGAUGAUGAUCGGUUUCUAUGCCACGCUGUUUUACAAACUUGGAACCGGUCCGCGCUGGGAUCAAUGGGUCGGAGAAAAUCGAAACUUUUGUCGGGAAAAUUGGUGGACGAAUCUCCUUUACGUCAACAACUUUGUUAAUCUACCAAGAAUUUGUAUGUCUCAAUCUUGGUAUCUGGCGACCGAUAUGCAACUCGCGUGGCUCUCACCGAUUUUCUUGUAUCCUAUGCUCAAGUUUACGCGAGAUAUCUUCUUUUGGUUAAUUAUUGUCACGAGCCUCGUCGUCUCUGUCCUGGUACCAUUUUUAAUAACUUUUAUCCAGCGACUACCAGCAACUAUGCUUUAUUACAAGGAUCCCCUGUCAGUGGCCGACGUUUACGUGCAAAUCUAUACAAAGGUUUACACCAGAUACGGGUCUUACGUAAUCGGAUUGGUUCUGGGUUACAUUUUGCACAAGACACGGUCGCGAGCUGUGGAAAUACGUUCGGUUUACGUGAUUGUUGGUUGGUCGAUUGCUGCACUGUCCGGCUUGUUCGUCUUUCUCAGUCCUCGAUGGAUGUACUUUGACGAGCAUCCUUACGACAAGGUGGAAGCCAGUUUUUACGCAGGUUUCCACAGGCAAAUCUUUGUCCUGUCCAUUUCUUGGAUAAUUUUCUGCUGCGUUCAUGGAUACGCUGGUUUCCUGGGUGAUGUUCUCGGCUGGAAAGGAUGGGUUCCCUUGGGCAAACUGACCUACAGCGCUUACUUGUGUCACUAUGUGUUUAUGCUGUCGGAAGCUGGCACGGCUCGAACACCUGGCGUAAUUUCGCUAAUGUCAAUUCUCCGGAGCUUCUGCAGCAACCUGUGCCUCGCGAUGCUACUCGCCGUCAUCUGGAGCCUUUGCUUCGAGAUGCCCUUUAUGACUCUGGAUCGCGCGUUGCUCUCCCACGGAAAGAAUCGGUCGACGAAAUCGAGCCAAACGAAGACGUACAGUUUUGCCGAGCCGAGCAAACAGAGCUAUCGUUCCACGAACCAAUUAUCGUCCACGUUUUCGCAGAGUUCCGAUAAUGGCUCGGCGGAACGGAAGCCCGGUAAAGAAUGCCUACACAUUUCGGAGGGGAACGUCGGCGUCGUUGACGGUAAUACCUCGUACGCCUCGCAAAACCAACCAUCUCUUUCAAAAGACGACACGCAUUCUUUCAUUUUUGUGAUCGGUGACUCCAAGGACGAGCAUUCCUGGACCAACGCGAGGAACGUUCAUUUAAACGACGGCUUCGACGGAGACUCGGACAAUUCGUUGCAAUCGAAAAUGGACACGCGACUGGAUCGCGGUCGUGGAUACGAGUCGACGCGGACGCCGACUUUCAAGCAAAAUUCGAUUCGAAACCAACGAUCCGUCGAGACGAGUCAAACAAACCACGCGGACGAGAGAGGGUGUUUGGACCGGAUGUUUUGCGUGGACCGAUGCAUUUGGUAAUUGCGGAGGCAGCAUGGAUAUCGUGAUUGCGUGAAUUGGGGUGAGAUUGCCGGGCACCGACAGCCAUUAACAGCGGAACGAGACCCGAGCCGACACCCCGGAGCGACCAACAGAAAGGGACCGAAACUCCAACGGAUCGGUAUCCUAACGUAACGUAACGUAACGUAACGUAACGUAAUAUAAUAUAACGUAACGGGCAUCGAUGUUGUCUCCUUUACAUCUGCGAGCCCACCGUUUUUACGCAAUGAAAACGCACACAUUUUCAGACAUUUCUCCCCCUCUCUAUUCUCUUCCAGGUUUAUUUAUGUCAUUGCCAUGAAAUCAACUCGUCCACGGACGAUCUGGCUCUUUUCCACGCAUUAUUAGCAUGCACAAUGAGUCGGCAGGUCUGUCGACUAACAAUUCGAUAUAUUUACCGUUGCCGAAUUUAUACAUACUAUACAUGCACGUAUAUCUAUAUAGUAGGGGAAAACGAAGAAUGCGCAAACAAAUGUUUCCAAACCUUUUCCAUCUUUUCUCAUCGUAGACGUCGCGAACGUUAUUUGCACGAAAUCUCUUUUAUUUAUAUGUACAUAUAUAUAUAUACGAUAUACUUGUUUAAUAAUAUACAAGUAAAUGAAUAAAAAGAGUCGCAAGGGAAGGAACGAGUGCAUAGAUUCGGGAUUGUGGAGUUGGCGCGAUAUGUGAUAUGUGACGUGUGACGUGUGACGUGUGACGUGUGACGUGUGACGCAUAGCCACGUUACGUUGCUUCCGUUCGGUAUCUCGAAUUUCAAGUAUACCGAGUCGGAUCGCUGUGCUCUCGAGGUUCUCCAAUUUCUAGGAGACCGAUCGCGGGGCCACAGCUCUUUUUGCGAUAUCAACGGAAUAGAAGAGAGACGAGUCUCGCGAUGGGACUGGCGCCGACCUCCCUCGACGUUGCCUUUUCCGGUUUCCCUUAGCCAAACGAACACGUUUUCUUCAAAGGUCCAGCUUGUGUCGCGCGCCACCGUACAACACGUCCGCCGUAGUAAACUGUAAUCCGAAGCUCCAUCUGUGACAGUUUGUCUAUUCCCCGCACAAU